AUGGUUACAUCAGAAUACGCACGGAAUGUUCUACCGUUGCUCAAUAAUGAAGGCAUACUAAGUUCCAUCCUCAAUUCAAUUCUCAGCCGGGAUGACGAACCCGUGACGGAUGAAGCAUUACAUUCGAUACUAUCGAUCAAGUUUAUGUACGACUUGUGUAACCAGAAGCUCCAUAUCACUUCGGGUCUAAGGGACCUGUAUUUACGUUUAAUGUUUACCUCCAACAGCGGUGAAGGUACUUGUGCAGCCCACGAGAAUUCCGCCGCUGUACGCGAAACGCAAGGAAGUACAAAAGACGCUCACGGAGAGAGCCACAAGCCGGCGAGCGGCUCUAAAGAGAGCCACGCCGGACUGGAAGGUUCUAUCCAAGUAGAGGGAACUAUUUUGCGUGACCUCGCUACCAAUCAUGACAAUUAUAUCGCUGCAAAUCCCGUAGCUGCGAAUCAACAGCGGCUACCCAACACUCUCACCCUAGAACUGGAGACUCUCUCCCUAGAACUGGAGACUCUCACCCUAGAACUGGAGACUCUCACCCUAGAACUGGAGACUCUCACCCUAGAACUGGAGACUCUCUCCCUAGAACGGGCGAUUCUCGCCCAGCGAGUGACAGGCAAAGGGAUCGAGGUGGUCAGGAAAAAAACGGAGAUAGCGAAGAAGGAGAACAAGCGGCAGCAUCCAUCGGGGAAGAGCGUGGGCAGCAGGUUAUUAGAGUGUAUGAAAGAGACUACAAUAUUCGGUUAG